AUGGUCAACACUGGGAAGCCAAGCAAAGGAUGCUAUAUGUGUCGAGCACGCCGGAUCAAGUGUGACGAAGCAAAGCCUCAUUGCAUGAGAUGUCAAAAAUCAAAGCGAAUUUGUCCUGGUUAUCGAGAUGCUUUGGAGCUCAAAUUGCGUGAUGAGGGCAAAUUGACGAAGAAGAAAAUGGCCCGGAGAACCAGCCAGGAUAAAUCUACUCUCAGCAGCCUUGUGCAAAUCAAUAAAGAUGCGGCUUCGGGGUUGUUCGCAGAUACCUCACAUUCCUUCAGCUCCAUGUCCUCGCAAAGUUCGCAUUCACGUAAUACCUCAACAUCAAGCUUCACAUCUCAAGGCUCGGUCGACUCCUGGAUAUCUGACUCUGCGAUGUCGCAUCAUCAAUCCUGCAAUAUCAUCACCAGAUACAUGUCCACGCCACUUGAUGAGCGCGCCUCGUGCUAUUUCCUUGCGAAUUUCAUUCUGGUCCCAGAAAACGGUACCAUGACAGGCCACCUGGACUUCGUCAUUCCUCUUUUGAAGCAAAGAAAUCCCCCCCAGUGCAUAGUACAAGCUUUCUCAGCUGUGACUCUAGCCGCUAUGGGGACUCGACCGGAUUCGAAAACGUUACUUCCAGCAGCAGAGCUGGGGUACCUGAAGGCGCUGAAGGAGAUUAACGGUGCCCUCCAAGAUCCGAACAAUGCGUCCUCUGAUUCAACACUUGCUUCGGUCAUGUUGAUGGCAUUAUUCGAGCAAAUCAUACCGUCACAAGUUAGCGAGGCGCUGAUCAAAGCAAGCCAAACCUGCCCAUCACGCGUCAAAGCAGGAGGCUGGAGUUCUCAUGUUGAUGGAGCAGUAGCUGUAAUCAAAUCUCGCACUAUUGAACAAUGGCAGUCAUCUUUAGGGAGAGAAAUGUUCAUCGCAGUUAGGGCUCACAUGACAAUCCACUGUAUAGUGAACUCGAAAUAUGUGGACCCUGGGGUAGAUUGGAUGGGUAUCACCGCCGACGACCCAGUCUUGGAAUCCUACUCUGCUGCUAAUCUCAAGAUGGCGAAACUCCGAGCAGACAACGAUAUUAUAACGACUGCUCGAGUCCGAACAGCAGAAAACAUCGGAAGGGCUCUUGAGCUUCUACGACAGGCGGAGGCGUUGGACAAAGAAUACAUCGAGUGGAUGAACAAUCUACCCCCGACAUGGCAAAUAAAGACUGUGGGUUGGGUAGAGGGCGAGGCAUCCGACCUGAUGGACUCAGCCGUGCAUCCCGGACGGGUAGACACUUUCGAAAAUCUCUCGAUAGCAUACCACUACAACGUAGUCCGGGGCUGCCGCCUGUUUGUCUGGACCACUAUCCUCCGCUGCGUAGCAUGGCUCGGUGAUCACGGCGAUUAUAGACUGUCGCCGGAAUACAAAAGGGCAUCUCAGAUAUGCCACCAGCUCAUCGAAGAAGUCGUUGCCAGCAUGCCUUACUUUUUCGGAUGGAAUCGCGGCAAAGAUCCCGCGAUGUCUGACAGUGCGAAUUUUGGCUGCGGGUCCAGCGAUCCAACAUCUACGAAAACCCUUGCUGGCGUCCUCGGCAUGUGGCCCAUCUUCGUGGCUGCAUCUUCAGACUUCGCAUCGCCAUCGCAGCGAGUCUUCCUACUUGGCCGACUAAAGCACAUCUCGGAGAGCAUGGGCGUCAACCAAGCGCUCAUCAUGUUCCAGGCGAGUAGAGUCUAUUCUCAUCAAACAUCCUUCAGACCCCCAACUAACAUCUCCAAGGCCAAAUUCUUGCACCCCUCGAUUUACAUCGCGCGAGAGCGCGUACCUCCUCACCCAUUGACAUGCGACACUGCCAAUACCCCCGUCACAACAUCCACCGCAGCCACAGCCACAGCCGUUCCAACUCCCUUCAUCCCAGAAGUCUCCGUGUCACCCCUGAUCAUCUCACAAGACCCAACCUGGCUGGAAUCCCCCAUCUCAGAGCACCUCUGGAGUUCCUCCCCGGAAAGCACUCAUUCCACAUCCAACUGGACCCCCAAGAAAUUCAUCGAGCUGCCUUACUUGCAGCCCGACGUAUGGUUCCCAGAAAUUUCGGCGACGCAGGAGUUGCCGUUUGGGCAUGUACUCUCGAUGGAGUAUGAGAGGACUCAUAAGCCGCAUCAGCAUGCUUGGUUUGGAGCGGUUACUAGCGCAUGA